GACAAGUUCCGUUGCAAACUGGACCUUGGUUUGUUGGUAGACAUGACUGAAGCUAUUUCAUCACCUGUGAAGGUACAAUAGAUGUUGUUCUACCUUUCCGACUUGCUGUUUUCAAAUCAUGAUCACGUAGCAUAUUUUUUAGCGAACUGUACCUCAAUAGGUGAAUUUAAAUUUUUUUUCCUCAUUGGCCGUAUAUCCGUUUCAUUCCCUACUGAAGCUAUUAAAAUAGACUCUCUGAAUAUCAAAAGAGAGUAACAAUUUCAGUUAUGUCAAAAUUUGAGCCCGGAAUACCGAGUAGUUUCGGAGAAAUUAUCUUUAAAGAAAAUCGAAACUUUAUAAAGAAUGUAUGGCUCAUUCGCGUUUUUGCCAACAAGCAAUUUCGCGAAAAAAUUGCUCAAAUUAACCAACUCUUUCAACUUUGGAGUUUAAUUUGUGUUUAUUAUUCAUUCAAAAUAUUUCCCCAAUUCUGAUUGGCUAAAAGCACACGCAUAAUUCACCAUAACCAGUUACUGAUGACCAAAUUUGGAAGAAUUUUGUAUUUAACGUUGAAAUGACGUCGAAAAUGCAGCCCGCUACAGGUCAAGGCACCGUUACCGAGAAGACCUGGGGACGAGGUUGAAAAUAAAAAUGGCGGGCACUUCACUCGUUUCAAGAGUAAGAACUACACCUGGAUCUAGGUGAAAUAAUAGCUAAAAACAUAGCAAAAACUGCAAGAAGACAACUCGGAGAGCGACAUCUGCUAUUUGGAGAAUAUUUGCGGAGCUGGACAAACCUAAAGGUACACUAUCGAAGAUGAACUUAACAUCGAUGCAGGUAAGCAUGUUUUUGCUAUGUUUUUAAACAAGGAAUUACUUUGAAUGAAUAAUAAAGCAAUUAAUGAAUUCGGUUCUCGUAGGAUAUGAAUAAUUAAGCAGAUCGAGGAGGGUGUUAUCCAACGAGGCCUUCGGCCUUCGUAUGCUAAUGAGCAAAAUUGUAAACAAUGACGUCAGCAAAGAUGCGACCAUAGUGACGUGCCUACUCAGCGAUCGUUACGAUCGUAUCUGGGAAAUCCGUGAUAUGGAAAGUGCCGGCUUCCUCAAAAAGAAGAAGUUCACGAUUCUUUUUCAUUAAGAUGAACAUAUUCUAUCGCUAAGGAAAAUGUUGAACAUUUAUGGGAUCUAAUGGAACAAACCAUCAAAUAGUAGUGUUUAAAUUUCCCAGCGCACAGAAUACCUUUUCGUCGUUGUUUUUUAGAUCAAAUACUUAUAUUUUUUCCGGCAGACGUAGGAAAAAACGGGAAUUUAUCUUCAGCUCCCCUUUGAGUUUCAAAUUCCACGUUUUUAAAAAACUUUUCACGCGUUAUGGUGCAAUCCGUAAGUUAUGAUUUAAUAAGUACAUUAUUCGACUGCAUGUAAAAUGUUCUGUCCUUUAGAAUGUUUUUUUUUAAGGUAAAUAUUUUUGCAUUUUAGGGAAAAGGUACACAGUUGGUAGUAACCGCAUCGGGUCAAAAGUCGAAACAUCAGAGGGGAUUAAGAGGUGUCGUUAAUGACCACGCCUACCAUGUGUCAAAUUAUACAGAACUAAAUGACUUGUUUGAUGACUUAACGAAAGUCAUCUGCCAGCGUAAGUGAUAAUAAAUUAUUUGUCAAUUUAACCGAGGGCGGGCUAAAGUACCAUACUAAGAAAAAUGGCUAUACGUAGAAGUGUCCUUUUCACAACUAUUCUCUUUACUAUUAAUUUGUCCUCUAAUAACUUAGUCCCCAUUAUUCUCCCCUUCAGUCUCUAAUGUUAUCAUGGUUUGUUUCCUGAGGUCUGCUACUGCAAUGGUAUAACAAUACGUGAGAAAAGGGAACUACAGUCAAUCCCCUUUAAUACGGACAUGACUGAGGGGGCCUUAAAAAAUGUCCGUAUUAACUGGGUGUCUGUAAGGGCCUUCUUUCACCAGGGACAAAGCAAACGGUCCUAAAUAAUGAGGUGUCCGUAUUAGUAAAGCGGGGUUUGACUGUAUUUCAUUGGGCUAAGUGUCCACAUUUGGGAGGUGUCCCUGCAGUGGGACCUAGAGAACAGUCCGUAAUGGAAACGUGCCCUUAAUAUAUUAUUUAGAGAAAAAGGCGAAAUAUGAACCAGCUACAAGAAAGCUAACAGAGGUAUUGCCGGUAAAUAUUUCUCGAGAAAAUUAAACUUAGAAUUUAAAAAACUUGCUUGAAAUAGAUUAAAUUGAAAUCGGUAGACAUGAUAAAAUCUCAAAACGACUGUGAAGUCAGAAACGUUACUCUGUACUUAAGGUGGAUUUAGGGGUGGGCCCAGGGGGCCCCCGCCGGCGCCCCCCCCCCUUUGUCCGGAAAUUUCCUCUUUGUAAACGUGUGUUGGAUGGUACUUCGAGCUUUGUUACUUAAAUAUAUUUUCUUUAAUUAACAUUGUUAAUAAGAAAAGAAUCUGUGUUCGAAGCCUACAUUUUUAGCUGCAAAUGACCAAAGCUCCCAGAAUGCAUGCAGUAAAUAUCCGUCUCAAACAAACUGGAUUUGACAAUUUUUCAGAGAGAUUAUGUCGCUGCCUUUGCCGGAAGGAUGUGCUCUCGCCGCAAUCGCUUUGGCUUCUGCUAGCAUCGUAAAGUCUUGUACUUCUUUUAUCACAACCACGCCUGUGGUUUAUUAAAUAUUUCAGCAUUAACAUGUUCAAUAUGGAAUCCAGGCAUUUGCUAAAUUUAAGCCUCCAGAAUACACUAGAUUGCAUCAAGAGAGAACCAAGAGAGAAAGAUUGUUCUCUCUUGAUUGCAUCAAAGAAAACUUCAAUCUCAAAACAUUUUCCCGGAGGAGCUUUCGCCCGAAACUCCCUAGAAGUGUGCGCCGUUCGCAGUCCUGACGGGUGCUAUCACGUCUAUAUUGCCAAUGUAUUCUAUAUCUCUAGGCUCCCUCUAUCACAAAAUCCUUCGUUCGCCCCUGUGUACGGUCGUCCAGGUUUAAUAGGAUCAUGAUUCUUAGUGACACACUUUUGAUCACGAUCUUUUUUCACAGCUGUUGAUGGCGGCUUCUCCAAAUGGACCCCGUUCUCCUCCUGCAGUGUGACUUGUGGUGGCAGUGGCGUCAAAGUACGAACAAGAACCUGUACUAAUCCCCCUCGCCAGUGGAAGGGAAAGGACUGUGUUGGAGCACGACAGGAGUCCAUGGCUUGCAAUGAAGGACCAUGCAAGUGA